AUGGAUUCAACUCAACCAUCUGAACAAAUUGAUGACUCUAUCAACAACAACAAUAAUAAUAACAACAACAACAACAAUGUAGUGAACAAUAAGCCAUGGGGUAAACUUGUUAGUUGCCAUCCAGACUCAAAGAAUAUCGACUUGAUUGAUGAGGAGAUCUUCUUUGGUCGUAAUCACAAGAAGUGUCAGAUCUUCCUGUCUGACCCGACUAGUGAAAAGACACACCCUCGAGGCUCUGACAAUGCAGGAGUACGUGGCGGCGUCAAACACAACAGUAGCAGCAGUAGUGGUAGCAGCAACAGCACCAACUCGGCAAAGUCAGCACUGACCAACUCGUCAUCAUCAGUGCAUCCGACAGUGUGGAUCACAGACUUUAGCACCAACGGUACCUUCAUCAAGGGUGCACUGUUGGGCAAAGAGAAGACCACAAUCAUGCAGAAUGGUGACCUUGUCUCAUUCACCUCGCCCAACAUGAAUAGCAAGCUCUCAUUCAUAUUCCAAGAUCUGAUGCAAUCUGAUCAAGAUAUUGAAGAUUCAGAGAUCAAGAAGCACUAUAUCCUUCAGGGUAUACUUGGAACAGGCAACUUCAGUGUUGUAAAGAGAUGUACAAAGCGUGACACUGGAGAGAGUUUCGCUGUCAAGAUCAUAGACAAGAAGAAGUACUGGCACAUAUCAAGCACACGCAAUCAAACAGAGAGUGAGAUCAGUAUACUCAAACAGAUUAAGCAUCCCAACAUCAUAUCAAUCAUCGAGAUCUUUGAGACACAGCAAUACAUCUACAUCGUGUUGGAGUUGGCUACAGGUGGUGAGCUCUUUGACAAGAUCAGGCAAAAGGGGAGGUUCUCUGAGCCUGAGGCCAAGGGCACAUUCAAACAGAUACUCAAUGCUGUAUCAUAUCUGCAUCAGUUGAACAUCACUCACAGAGAUCUCAAGCCAGAGAACAUUCUGUUGGGUGAUCAAUCCAGCUCAGUGAUCAAGAUAACAGACUUUGGUCUGGCAAAGAUUAUUGGCGAGAAGGAGAUUGCGACUACACUUUGUGGCACUCCUUUAUAUGUCGCACCCGAGAUCAUUAAGAACUGCUUGUAUAAAGAUGAUAAGAGUGACAAGAAUAUCGGCUAUGGCAAAGAGGUUGAUGCAUGGUCACUUGGAUGUAUAUUAUAUAUAUUGUUAUGUGGACGACCUCCAUUCGAUGUCGAGAAGAACAGCUUCCAACAAAUCAACAAUGGAGCAUUCUCAUUUGAGUUUGCCGUUUGGAAGACUGUAUCGGAUCAAGCAAAGGACCUGAUCACCAAGUUGUUGAAUACAGAUCCAAUCCAAAGAAUCCCCGUUAAGGAUGCCCUGAAUCAUGCUUGGUUCAAUGAUGAUCUUUAUCGAGCGACUACAAUUAAUCAAUCACCAGCAAAGCAGCCUCAACCAAUACACCUUCCAGUCAUCAAGUCUCAGAACUCUGCUGUAUCCCUCAACUUUUCAUUGUCCAAACCAGCACCUCAACAACAACAACCACAACAACAAUCACCUCAACAAGCGCCAUUGAUGCUGCAAUUCGAAUCAACGCCUAUCAAGGCUAAAUCAAAAAGUCCAUCCAAACGAUCAAGUAAACAAUCAUCAUCAACAACAACAUCGAUAACACUUUCAGAAACAAUGCCAACACCAAUCAAGAAACAUCAUCAAUAUGAAGAGCCAGAGGCAAUCGAGCUGAGCGAAGAAGAGAAUGACUCGACUACAUCUUCGACCUCCACUUCGACCACAUCCACGACCACAAAUAACAAACGCAAAGAAUCAAACGAGGCGACAAAUGGCAAAUCAAAGUCGACGAGGACAAAGAAGCCUAGAAGCUAG